UGACCGUGCUGUCGGUGGUAGCGGUGGCGGCUGUGCAGCAUGAAUGCGCCUCCGGCCUUCGAGUCCUUCCUCCUCUUCGAAGGAGAGAAGAAGAUUACUAUCAACAAGGACACUAAAGUACCCAAUGCCUGUUUAUUCACUAUCAACAAGGAGGACCACACACUGGGAAACAUCAUCAAAUCACAGUUACUGAAAGACCCCCAGGUGCUGUUUGCAGGCUAUAAAGUCCCCCACCCACUGGAACACAAGAUCAUCAUUCGGGUGCAGACCACUCCAGAUUACAGCCCUCAGGAGGCUUUCACUAAUGCUAUCACAGAUCUGAUCAGCGAGCUCUCCUUGUUGGAGGAGCGAUUCCGGGUAAGGAGCCACCAAGGGCGUGGGUGCGAAUCACUUUGCCAGGCCUGGGCAGUAGGAGGGUGUCACAGAUGGGCUCAUCUUGAGAAAAGAACCUCAUAGAUUUGUUCCCUGGUAUCUUCGCUUUCUCCUUGUGUUUGCAGUAUCAUUCCUCUUUUCUCUAGGCUCGAGUCUGACUUAGUUUGUUCUCUAAAUUGGAAUGCUUUCUGCCCUAGGUGGCAUGGUGCUCGUGUUUGGGUCUUAAGUGGUACUGGCCUUCAGCAGAACUUUUGUGAGCUUCAUACAGGCCUUCUGCUUCUCCACCUUGGGAUAUGGGGACAACUAAGUUCAGUUCCUGCAGUCUUUUUUUUUUUUUUUUUUUAAACCCAUACUAGUAGCAACUCUAAGACAGAAGGGCAGUGCCACUGAGUCACCCAGCUGCCCCAGUCCCUGCAAGUGUCUUGAGGCUGCACGCUGCACGCCAUUCUCACAGAAACGCUCACUUGCCUCAACCCUAGUCCCUCCACUAUCUCAUAGCCCUGUUGAGGACUGCUUGUUAAGGCCAAAGCCACUUGUCCAAGUGGAUGCUGUGGUUGGUGGAUUUUGUAUCUAGCAAAAUAACUUGGGAUGCAGCCUAAAUGUGAAUGGACGCUUCCCUUCUAGAGCAUUUUAACUGCCAGUUGGUGUGUGCUCAAACUUACCUUGAGAUCCUACAGUUUGUUCCAGAAUCUUAGCCCUGACUCACUGGCUAAAAUCGUUUGUUUCCCAUUCUAGGUUGCUAUCAAGGACAAACAAGAAGGAAUUGAGUAGUUCUUGAUGUCUUCUUCAUGCAGUUUCUGUAGGACGAGCACAGAAACUCUUCCUUCCCUUUUGAUUAUCUACCUGCUAUGAAGAGUGAUGAGGGAAACCACCUCAUUGCUUUUUCUCUUCAGGGAGGGGACAACUGUAAUUUCCUCAUAACAUGUAUUUCUUACCUCUUGAGUCACUGUCUUUCAGUAUCUCAAGUAGCACUUUGUAGCCAUCUUCAAAAUUCUGCUUGCCAUGAACUCUUAAAGUGAUAGUCUGGCCAGUGUGGGCUGGAGACUAUCAGAGGGAGAUGCACUCAUUAGACAGUUUAAUUAUAAUAAAGAAUCAUCAUUAAUGGAUCUGUGUCCAGCUGGAAAGAGGACUGCUAAAGGGCUCUGUCCUGUGGCCACAGAUGGUAUGCUACAGACUUGGGAGACAGAGCUGGUCACGGGAUGCCAGGCAGGAUCUAAAGCUCCACCUUGCUUAUCAGCAAUGCAAGAGUUCUUAAAGCAGUCUAAUCCCCAGCAACUCGGCCAGGACA